AAUUAACUUACUUUGUUUAACGGUCGUUAGAAUGUGCAACUUAUUGUUUAUUAUCAACAAAGUUUAUUAUCAUUUCAAAGUUUACAGCAUAAUAUAGUUUUUUUGAACAACAACGCGAGUGUGUAUUGUUAGAGGAAGAUGAUGUACAAUUGUACUGUUUUUCUUUAAGCAAAAUGGCGAAAGUUGAAGUUUAUCGAAAUAUUGAAAGUGAUUGAGAUCUUUUGUUAACCUUUCGAGGUUAAGCUAAAUCGUGCAACACGCGAUAUCCUUUUUUUGUGCUGAAUCGCGUCUGCAAUCCAGACGAGAAUUGUUCAAUCGCGCUUUGAAAAUCAAAAAAAGAUUCUCAAAAUGCGAUGCUCGCGAUGCGAUCCAGCGCGACAAAAAAACAUCGAGUAUCGUAAACUUGGGAUUAUGGCUGCGUUCAGGGAAAACGCUUUCGUGUGUGUUAUCGCUAAUUGGAUGCGGAACAAGAGUAGACACGUCAGUAAUGUAUAAAAUAGAAUAUUCAAGAGAAGAAAGAAAUAUUCGUUUUACAGCGAGUACAAAGUAGAACUUCCAAGAAGUAAGAGAAUCCAAAAGAGAAAUCGAGUAAAUCCACUCAGCUCUCUUAAAAUAUGGCUGAUACAGACAUGGGAGCCAUUUUUCCGUGACGUAAGCAGUAAAGGCUGCGAUAUUGGUUAAAAAUAAAAAAAAAAAAGGAAGAAAAGAAAUGUGAGAGCUUCUCAUACUAAAAUCGUGGUUAAUAUUCACAAUAGAAACUGUUGUGGUAGUGAAUUGUGCAUAUAAAAAAUUUACUGCAGACAAAUUGACGCGUCAAAGGUAUCUAAACUGGAGGAUGUGUGGUUUUAGAGAGCAACAUAACGGCAAAGAUGCUUUCCUUUACGACGUGUACUCGGUUAUUUAGACUUUGACUUACUUAGUCCGAAUGUUUUAAGAUAAUAACGGACGAGUUCCUUGAUUCUUAUAUUUAAGAUCGUGUACGUAUGUGUGUAUGCUUUACACAUAUUCACACAUACGUACAACAAAACGGUCUUAUUUCUCAAGAAACGAUUGUCGCUUUUGGAAUCAGCGUUCGUUUCUUAAUAAAAAUUUGAUUUAUUCUCUAAAACCAUCUCGAGUGUUCAUGAGAAACAGUUACAAGUGGAUAGGAUUGCGUGAAAAAACCGGAGUUCAAAGAGUUGGAACGUAUGAUAGUGAAAAAAUAACGUAAAGUUUUUGAUUGUCAACGGAAGAACUACUCCGUGUCAAGAUAUUGAACUGAUCAAAGGUUGUUGAUAUCUUGUCAAUUACGAUACAAUUUAGUAUUGUUGAGAGUUUACUCAACAAUACUUUCAGAAUACGAAUUACAGCAUGUACUUACUUUCAGAAACAUUUAUUUCCUCACGAAUAGCGAUAAAGUUUGUGUACUGCAAAUCAAACAAACAAUUUAUUUUGCACAAUAAUUAAUGUGCUUUUUAUGUAUUAUGCUACGAUAAGAGCGAGAAGUGUGUUUUCACAAAUUGCGUGAAUAGGCAAGUAUUGAAUACUAAAAAUGUUACUUUUGGUAAAUAAAGCACUUCAUUAUUGUGCAUUAAAAAGGUUGAUUCGAUCAAUAUCUAUUUCUCGUGGGAAUACCUUGGAACAGCUAUAGUCUCUCGAUAAAAAUCUUACAUUUUUUACAGUGUAACUAGAGACAUCGUGUGUUACAUUAGUGUUUUUUUUUUUUUUAAUGCGUCUGCGUAUCUCAUUAUGUGUGAUGUCUUACACGUGGAUUAAUAAAGAAUAUGGGUAAAUUAAAGAGAAAAGGGUAAAUUAAUUACUUUGUCUAAAAUUAUAUUAUAUCCUUUUUCGAAACAGAAUUUACGUGUAAUGUUAUCUACGUGUUAGAUCACCGAAAUAACAACGUAAGAUCAAUUGUAUCGGAUUUGUGUGAUGUGAUUUAUAGAAAUCCAAUGAACAAUUUUUGACAGUCAGGAUUUUAUUGUAUAAUUGUAAGAAACCAGUUUUUAUUUAAUAAAGAUCUAAAGUUAUCAAUCUUAAAUUGAAGAUAUCCGUGAAUCACAAUAAUUUUAAAUAAUAUUUUAAGGCUCGUGAAAAUUCAACUAAAGUAGUAACUUAGUUGACAAUAAUUUUACUUUAUUGACUUACAAAUUAUUUUUAUGUCUCAUAAAAAAAAGAUAAGUUUGGAAGUAAGACGUGAGAUAACUUUGCAAUACAUUGCGUGACUUAGGGUUUCACUUUACAUAUAUUACGAUGGGGACCAAUGCGUGCUGAAGAGUUAGAAAAUAAUCGAUCGCGAGUAAAGUGUGCACGUGCUAGUCAAAGAGCGGUGUAUUCGUCAUUCGGUCUCUUUGACGAAGAUUGGACGCUCGCGCGACACGGUGUCUCCGCUUUUUAGUCUUGUACAAAAAACUGUUGUACAAAAAUUUAAUCAAGUGAAACGGGUUGUCGUAUACGCGAUUACAAAAUUUAUGUAAAUUGUUGCGUGGAGACACGCGGAAUCUCUUUUCUGAAAGAACGAAGACACGAAAAUACAGACAUUUUAUUGUAACUCUGAGAAAAACGGAAAACAAGCAAUCAUGUACAACAGUUAUGCUAGUCAAAACCGUGAAGCAAAAUGGAGGACGAAUACGAACGGAAAUUUGCAGAAAUGCAAAAAUACAUUCCAUUCUUGGAAGCGAUGAUUGAGAGACUGCAUAAGGUCAAGGAAUCUUCCGGACCUCAAAACGUCAAAGAUAAAGAAACUAACAAAUUUCAAUUACAGAAAAUGCAAAGUCUACAUGGGAUUCUAACAAAUAGUAAGCGGAAAUUGAAGAUCGAAACGUUGCAGCGAUGCGAAGAUGUCCUAGAGAAGUUGCAAAGUAAAGUAGAAAAGGGACAUAUAUCCAGUACACAAAUGGCAUCUGCAGAAAAUGAUAUCGCGCAACCUUCGACUUUAUCAGAAGAUAAACAAGUAGAAAACAGGACAGAAGACAUGGAAAACAAAAAGAUGGAAAACCUGGAAGACUUGCAAGAUGCGGAUACUGAUAAAGAAAUCACAGAAAUUGAGGAAGAAACCCCGGCAAGUCCGGAUCGUUCUAGAUCUCUUAGUCCUGAUUGCCAAAUUUUGCCGAUAAUAAUUCCCACGGAACGCACGUCAAACUUACCUAAAAACAAAUGUAGCAACAAUCCGAGACCACGAUCUAAAGUAAUACCGGUUAUCACGAUCACGGAUCGUUCAGAUUUGUUGACGGAUUCCAACUCCGACGAUGUCACUUCCGAGUGGGACAUGUUGGAGGAAUCGGAAAGACAUCACACGAGGAACAGAAACAACGAUAUUGCUUCUGGUCACGAUAUAACGAUCGGGGCAACAGCGGGCGUCAGUAAUCUGUCAAAAAAUAUCAAUGACAAUAGAAAUUAUCCGUUAGACUCACACGAUGUACAAACUAUUCCAGUUCCUGCACUUGACGGUUCUAGACGAUUAACGUCGUACUUAAAGAAAAUGAAUUUAAGAACCGGCGAGACUUCAGAAUUGCCUGCGAAUAUUCCAGAGAGAAGACACAGCUCUCCUGACCCUGAAAUAUUGUAUACAAGGUCUAGAGUUACAUCGUCCACUGACCGAAUUCACAGACCGAGAGAUACUGCGUCGAAGUCGCCGUCCAAGACACCGUCGAUACCUCUUUUGCUUUCGCCGCCUGCUUCAAACGAACCUCCGCUGUCCCAGGAAGAUUUGGCUGAGCUAUUAUGUGAAGAAAGCGGUGUCGAGAGACAUGACAAGACGGACAAGAAUAAACGCAACUCGGACAAGCACCCAAGCUGCAGGCUUGGAGGACUCAAAGUAAAGAAAAAUUUGCAAAACCCUAUGGGAAGUUUGAGUGGGAAAGUUGGUGAAAAUAAAGGACCACAUCAUCAAACGAACGACCAACGACCGCAAGCGUUUUAUCAACGUUAUGCAAAUAAUUACGAGAGAUAUCCGCGUCCACGUGACGGUCUCGAGGAAGGUCUUCAUGGUGCUCCAAACGCACCGAAUGACAGAAACGUUCCGCUUUAUCAAAGACGUUCAAGCACGAUGGAAGGACACAAAGACACAGGUCUGACAGAAAACGAAUUUAUCAUAGAAGGCAUGGAUUAUUAUAACAUGUCACAUAUGAAUCAGACGCAUUGGGCGCCUCCCACAGCUACUCAAGAUCAAUUUCCUAAUCCACAGUGGAGAAUGCCUAAUCCACCUAUGCAAUCUAUGCAACCUAUGCAACCUCCUAUGCAACCUCCUAUGCAGCCUCCUAUGCAACCUCCUAUGCAACCUCCUAUGCAACCUCCUAUGCAACCUAUGCAGCAUUCCUAUCCACCAAUGGAUUCACAAUUUAGACCAAAUCCUUAUCCACCGAAUUUAUCUAACAAUCUGCAGUACACAGGCUAUCCAAUGAAUCAGGGAUCUUUCACCGCCGAUCCUUACAAUGAGAGACCGGAUUAUCCUCCCGUGAGACCAACUUGGGACGGAACCGCUUCUAGAGUGAGUGAAAGUGCGAUACCUCCGUACGAAAAUGUGAUGCCUUGUGGAAUGCAAGUCCCAGACAGUCCCUCGGCUACUUCUUUUCAGCGACCUACUGUAGCUUGGGGCAGAAGUAACAGAGGCCGAGGAGGAAGAGAUGGAUACUACAACGAUAGAAGUAGGACCGACGGGAGAUCUGGAUUUAAUAAUCGCGAUCCGCGCCGGCCUGAUUGGUCGCGAGAGAGUCACUUGAAUCGCGAAAAUCUAAAUCGUUUUCCAAAUCGGGACCCGCGCGUCCGUUCGGAAUCACAACACAACGCGACGAUGAGUCCGAGUCAAACCAAAGAAACCAGUACUUCACCUAGAGAUCCACGUAUUGCCAAAGACAAGCACGUAACCGCGCCAAAUAAACCCAAGGACGUAACUCAGACGGAAAAAGAUCAAAACGAGAAGGAUCCCAGAAAACGGCAGACGACAUCGACAACAACAAAACCGCACACGACGAAAGAUAAGUUAAAGCAUCAAAAGUCAUCCGAAAAAGAGAAAGAGAAGGACAGGUCGCUAAAAGAUAAAAUGCAAUUGUCGUUGGAAGGUCUUUACGGCGUGAUUGACACGACCACUCAGGGUUCUAGUUUGCAAAAAUUCAAAAUUCCCAAAAUUAAACGACCCGAACAGUCACAGUCGAACAAUCACGUCGUUAACGAGACGACGAAAAAAGACAAAACUAUGAAAGACAAAAUUUCGUCGCGCCCGAAGACUGAUAGCAAAAAGAAAAAAAGUUCGCCUUCUCAGAACAAGGACGAUGCGAGCACUGAAGUGACCAGCAGCAGUGACAGCAAUGUAGUAAGUGAUAGUCUUCGAUCCAAGGAGGAUGAUGUUACAAAAGAGAGUGAAAAUCUCUCGUCUGUGUUGAUCGAAGAAAGUGACAGGAACAAGAUAAAGAUCACCGAAGCAGAUACGGUGACGAACAAUGUCAAAUUAAAUGACGCGGAGAAGAACAAGAAGGACGAUUUGGAAGCAGACGGGACGAAGUCCAAAGAAGGAUUGACGCAGGAAUGGAUCGAACAGCUCAUCAGAAAGUCGUUCGAAUUUGGCGAAGGAAAGAAGCUCGUCGAGCACGCAAAAUUGAUACAUAAGCUUGGAGAAGCGCUGGAAACAAAAAAGCUUAAAAAGAUCAAGAAAAUCAUCGAUUCGGAUUCCGUCAGCAGUUCGGACGAAGAAGAAGUGACAAAGGUCGAGACAAAGAAGACGAAGGUUAAGAAAAAGAGACGAGUGAUUGUGUCGGACAGCUCGGACGAUGACAAUCUUGCGGAAAAACUCGAAACAUUAAAUAGCAGCGGUGAAGCGAAGAUAACAAAAUCGGCAACUUCCGUGAAAUCGAGACGUUCUAAAGAAAUUGCCAAGUUAGCUAUUAGUGAUUAUAUUAGUGACUUGAGCAAAGAAGGGUUGUCUACAAAUGUAACUGCGAAAGAAAGUGUUGAGGUAACUGACAACAAAGCUAAAAAGACGCAGACGGAGAAAAAAAGUAGGGAAGAGAAUGAUCCAUUAGAAGAUGAUAAUGAAAAGACUAUUAGCCAUUCGGAAGACAACGAGCAAGUAGACAGUCGGUCGAAAGAUAAAGAGAAAAAAGAUACUACAGAUAAAGAUGAUAAGAUCGACCAGACCUCCGCAGACAAAACAAGUAGUAAGGAACAGCCGUCAAAAGAUCAGGAUAAGAGCGAGACAGAUCGCGUUACUUGCGCCACUGCAGACGAAAACACUGAAGAAACUUCAACUGACAAAGUGGACAAACCAAAGGUAAAAACAAAGAGAAGAAAUUCAUUGGAAAUGCUGCAUGAGGAUAUCAAAGAAAUGUUCAUAAGGGAGGAUGUGAUAACGGCAACGGGUGUCCGGAAUUGUCGAUUGUCGAAAGAAAAUCAAUCGGGAGUAAGUGCGAAGAAAGACGAGGUGUCGAACGAGAAGAAGGUCGCCGAACCGAGUCCCGCAGAGAACGACAAGUCGGGAAAGACGUUGAAAUCUCGUAAAAGUAACGAAUCUUUAAUCAAAUCGAAAUCCAAGACUAAAAAGAAUGUCAAGCGCAGAGUUAACGUACGUUCGAAGGAAUAUAUAACGAGUUCCGAUAGCGAAGGGGAAACUCCUUUGGCCUUGCGAACGGAUAAGUCGCUUAACAAGACAUCGACUCAAGAAGGCAGCGAGAAAGGCGAUGAGCUGCGAAGAUCCAAACGCGUGCUGCGUAAGGACAUCGCGAGUGAGCCACGAGUGCUGGUGGAGAAGGUAGAUGUUGCUAGAACAGACUCCUCCAAGAUCAUGUUCGACAGUUCGUCCGACGAGAGCUUCAGCAUAGAUGUAGCCGAAUUAACUGCAGCGGUAGACAGUUCUCUUCGACGGGAAAAACAGACUGAGGAUCCUGUUGAAUGUCAUCAAAAAGCCGCGAAGAACACGAGUAAACGACAGUCAAAAUCGAGGAAGGCGUCCCUGCUCACUGAGGACAAAAACGAUAACGAGUUCUCUGGUACGGAUGCGGACAGUGCGUUGUCGGACACUUCCAUGUCGAGCAACAAAGUCGGAAAAGGAACUGGCGGUGCGGCCAGAACGUGUACCAGAAACGAGUUACUGUGCAACGUGCUGAUGGGUUUGGUACCGAUGGCGGCGGGAAAGGACGCGUUGUCGGCUGAUAAGAACAGCGAGAUAAGCGAGAACACGAACGAUUCCGCAACUAUCGAAUCAAAGACCAACAAAAAGCUCGCGGGAAAUAAGAAGAAAAAGAAGUCCAGUUGGAAAAAGGGAAUACUUAAUACUAAGAAGAGGAAAAAAAAGGUCGCUACGGUAGCGUCUAACGCCGCACAGACGGACAGUGAAAAGACAAAUAACGAAACAAACGUUUCGACAGACCCGCUAGAUAAGUCGUCGUUAGAAAUUGAUGGAAAAGAAGAAAAACCUCCGGACGAGGCUACGAGCAGCUAUUCAGUCGAUGAUGUGAAUAUAUUUCCAACAAAAUGCGAAAAGAUUGAACCAGCUCUGAAUAACUCUGAUAUUGCUGAAGAUUACAAAGAGUUCAGCAAUUUUACGGAGUUGUCAGAACUGUCCAAUGCGGAUUGUGAACCGUCAUUGAACGAUUCGUUUAUUUCUAUCGAUGAGACUAAACCGAUAAUUAAAAUGGAAAUGGACGAUGUUGCGGAAAAUGUUGGGAAAGAAAAUGCCGCGCCAUCCACUACGUCAGUUGUCACUGCAACUACAUCAAGUACAACUGCAACCGCGCCAAGUACGUCAUCUGAGACAGUCACUACUGAGAACGCGCCAACACUUGAAAUUAUCAAUGCUCCAGCAGCAAAUAGUGUUAAGGACUCGACAGAAAUUAUUUACGACGAACAGAUAGAAGAGAUCUUCCGACGAACAGACAUCAAAGAUUUGAUAGAAUACGCAUUUAUCGGCCUCAACAAGCGACACAAGUGUCAGCUGUGUAUAUUUUGGGGGAAAGAUAUUGUUCAUCAUUACAAAACGACUCACACUGGAAAAGAGAUACUUAUUUCGCGUCUCAAAGCGACAGACGCCGAAGCGGCGAUUGCCGAUAACAACGCGACAACAUCCGCAUCGGAGACUAGUCAGAGGGGCAAGUAUCGUUGCAGAUUCUGUUUCAAUGAUUACUUUAUCAGAGAAAAUACGGAAGACGUGGCGCUCGAGUCUUUCUACGAACAUUGCACUACGCACACAGGUGAAUACAGAUUUCGUUGCAAUUCCUGCUCCUAUCAGGCGGUAGCUAAGGCGUCUUUGAAGACACACUUCUACAAAGUGUGUCGUAAGCAAAAAAAUGAGACUUUCAAUGAUGCUUACUCCGAAGACGACGUACCAAAAGAAAAUACCGUCUACGGCUACAUGUGUCGCGCGUGCAAUUACGUGCAAUUAAAACGGAAGAACGUGGAAACCCACAUAGCGUUUUGGCAUCGGAAUGAUCCGACUGAAAUCGUAAGGAUUAACAUGUCCUUGACGGUCGACGAAAGUGAGGAAGGUAACAGCGAGAAUUCGCAAGAAUUGGAUGAAGAUGAGACAUUCGCUGUGGAGACCAAACCAAAAAUUUCUGAACUCCAGAAUACAGACAGCAAAAACGUGCCAGAAUUAGUUGAUGUUAAAAUGAAGAAAUCGCAAGACGAUGAUAUCGUUAUGAAAGACUCUACUCUACUUGAACCAAAAACAGAGACAGACAUGCAGAUCAAAGAAGAAGAAGAAAUUGUCGACAAAUCGAAAGAGUCUCAAGAAGAGACGGAGACGUCGGUUAGCACCGAUAAUUUAAGCGUGUUUGUUUGCCCGCCAGAGUUAGAGAACAACGAAGUCGAGAUACAACGUAAACGGCAGAAGAUGAUGCAAGAGAUCGCCAAUAAUAUUCUGCUAAAGAACCAUCUUAAACCGGGGUUGUCUAUUAUAGAUAAGUUGCAAGAUAAGAUGCGUCCGGACGCGGUUGUUGGUUCUAUUCCUGAAGACAAUACGUCGGCGGAUAUUCCGCAAUCAGAAGAGAAAGAUUCUUCUAUCACAACUCUCGUAUCGAAUACGGAAUCAUUAAAUGUCGAGAGUAAUGUGAUCAUCAAAGAAGAUCUGAACAUUGAAGAACCGUGCAGUCAAGAGAGUUCCUUGUCUGUAGAAGAACAAUCGAUAAUCGAUAAGCUCGAAGCGGCGAAUGACGUGAAAGAAAAGGUGGAUGUAAAAAUCCGAGACCCACUUUUGAUUAUGGAUUCGGGCAAGACAAACGAGAGCGAUGGCGAGAUGAGCGACGACGAACAUUUUGCGCUGGUCUUCGAAUCAGAUUCCAGCAGUGAGCAAUCUGAUACCGAGCCAGCUGACGUUAACACAAUUUUGAAAGAGACAUCGAACAUAAACGCGUCGUCAACGCAGGACCCAAUGCUGAACACGACAAUUCAGAGAUUAGCUGCGCAGCUACAGAACGUCAAGCCGUCAGAAUCUUUGCCUAAACAGAUGGUCGAUAUUAAAGUAGAGGUCAAGAGUGAGUGCUCGUCGUCGUUCCAAGAAGCGCCGAACGUUGUAUCAAUUGAUAAUAUCAAGAAUUUGAUAUCAACAGAAGAAAAUACCCAAGGUUCGGAAACAUCUGACGCAACAUCACGCAAAAAUUUCAUCACAUUUAGGCGACUGAGCGGCGAUAAAUUAUCCGUGCCGACGCCUCCGUUGGAUAAUCAAGUGGACACUCAAGUUUCCAGUGCAGAUGAAACUCAGUCAGGCAGCUCAAAGCAAACAGAGGAAAAAUGUUCGUUUUUGAAGAUUGAAAACGUUAUUAGUCUCGCACCGAAAUCUGAUAAUAAAAUUGAAAACGUAAUCAGCAUUACGCCAAAAUCCGACAAGAAACCUGAAGGGAAUCCUAUUAUCAGUAAUAUUAGAAUGGUGGAGAUUUCUCCUAUAAAGAACAAAAAUUGUCUUUUGAAAAAAACUCCUUUAAUAUUAAAGAAACCUAGUCACUCUGUACUCAGAAAAACGGAGUACGCCAAGUUAAUUCCGAUCACGAGUCCCUCAGCGUCUUCCGAGAAAUCUUUUGUCGCUCCUCUCAAGGAAUAUGUUUCCAUCGCUCCGGCAAUAACAAAACCAAGUUCGUCGAAAGUGAAUUACAUGGUAGUUUCAAUGUCGCCUAUUGUUCAAAGGGUCAAGGAUGCUACCAAGCCGGCGACCAAGUUGAAAUCGGAGAGCGCUUACGUAACAAUGCUGACGGAAAGAAAAUUGUGCCAUUUCUAUAAGUGUAUGGCCUACGAUUGUGAUUUCACGACUGACUAUCUCGAUGAUUUUCGCGUGCAUUAUCAACAGCACGAGGAGAACGAGAAGAAGAACAAGGAAAGCACCGAUUAUCAAGCGUGUCCUUAUUGCUAUAUGAGUUUCAGUUCGUGGGUCGACAUAGAACUUCAUCUUUGGGAGAAACACAGUCAUUGUCAGUAUCAGUGCUCUUACUGCUUUUAUCGAGCCAUUUUGCCGACUUAUGUGCAACAACAUCAAGUGAGUGCUCAUCCCGGAAAGAAGUUUCAGCUUUUAUUGGGCAAAAUGCUCAAGUCGGUUCAAAAAGAGGAGGCUAUCGAUCGUAAAACCUAUGUGAAGCCGUUUGCGUGCAAUGUUAUGGACUGCAACACUUUCUAUUACGUAAUCGACUCGUACGUCAGACACUUGAAGACGAAACAUUUGAUCGAGCAUCCCAUAUGUCACUUGUGUAAUAUUCACAUGAAGAUAGACGCGCUUGUAACUCAUUACACAACACAUGGAUAUUCCAAGUAUCAGUGUUUGUAUUGCUUAUGCGGUACCAAGACUCUGUCCAAAAUGCAUGAACAUUUGAGCACUUAUCACUAUAAUAAACUGCCUCAAGUUCUCGAGCGCUCGCUUCCAUCGCAGUUGGAAUCUAAUAAGGCGAUCAUAGACCAACUCGUUUUGCGAACCUUUGAUAUAAAAAUUCCCGAAGCAAACGUUAUUUUGAACGAUGCUAAUGUCGAAAAAGUCACGGAUUUAACAAACAAUCAGAUUUCCUCAACUUCAUUGAACCACGACGCUGCCUCGUCGAGUCAAGAACGAUCUAAUCUACAAAGUAACGUGCCACCGAAUGACGGCAGUGUCAGCAGCAGUACAGAAAUCAACACCGAUCCUAACGUUUUAUCAAAACGGUCGAAAGAUGCGCUUCUUUCUGACGUUGCGAGUACUGAGAAUCUGUCGUCGCCCGUAAACGACAGUGUAACGAACACGUCAAAAUCCUCGAUUGAUCUGAAUUGCAGCGAUGAGUUUGUUAAUACCGAUCUUCUCGAUUCUAAAAUCUUGAGAAAUCUUGCUGCCAGUAUUAACGACGCAUCAGUUCCAAAGGACGACAUCAUAACGUCUACAGACAAAUUGGAAGACAGCGACAUCGAGAUCUUGGAAGACAUUGUGUCGGAGAAAGAUUUGAACACGCCGAAGAAAAAAGAUCAGAAAGAUGAUUGUACUGCGGAUUCGGCUUCCUCCGAGCAAAAGAUUGAAAAGAAGGAUGAAAUCGCGUCGUGCGAUACCGCUGAGGAUAAACUCACAACCGAGGAAAUAUCUGCGGAUACCGCUAUCGCCGGUACGAAAGUAGAAAAACUUUUGACUUUGAACGACAUCAAACACACCGGUUUCAUCGGAUGUGAUCUCUACAAAUGUGCCUACGCGGACUGCAAUUUUACCGCAUCGAAUGCAGAUUUAUUGAAGACUCACAUCAAGGAUUGUAGCAUCGACAAGUCUAAUCAAACUUUAUCUUGCGCGCAUUGCGAACGACAUUUCGGAAAAGUCGGCUUUUUUAUGGAACACAUCAAAAUUCACGGAUUGAAGCGCUUCGGAUGUUCGCGAUGUCACAUGAGAUUUGCGGUCAGAUAUCAAGCUACAAGUCACAUGAGAAUAAAACACAAAUCUGCGAACACAAAGUUGGUUCCCGCGGAUCCAACGAAUCCAUCCGCGGACGGUCUUUUUGUCGUGCACUCAUGCUACGAUUCUACCGAGAGAAAAACCAAGAAACGUAAAGGUACAAAGUCCGGAACGGAUAACGAAGGUGAGAAAGCAGAUAACAAAAAAUUAUCUUUCAAUCCGGAAGAGAUAGACCAGUUACCGCGUCAGGCGAUUUACAAUCGAGAGGUCCAAUGCGCUGUAUGUCCGUACACAACUAAAGUUCGAACAAACAUAGUUCGACAUUUGCAAUUGCACGCGAAAGACGAGAGCGUGCCCGAGAUCGGACCCGUCAAUCCUGUUCCUUGUUUGGACAAGAAAGAAAAAAUGUUCGAUAAAAUGGUCAAUUUAGCGAGCAGCUCGCAUCAAAAUGGCCGAAUGAGCGGCAAACCAAGAACAACUACGGAGGAUGAUAGCAUACCAAAAUUCGUACCGGAACACAAAAGAUACGUGUGCGCCGAAUGUAAUUAUCUGACUGUAGACGAAGCAAUGUUAAGAUAUCACUUGAAGGCUUUACAUUCGGACGAGCAGUAUUUUCGUUGCUCACACUGUCCUGUACCGAUACCGGGCCAAGAGAAUCAAAAUAUAUCCAUAGAUAAAAUGGGUGUUCACUUGAAAAUGCAUGACACGAGACUUUAUAAGUGUUCCCAUUGUCAUUAUCAUCAUUAUCACAGAUACGUUGUGGAACGUCAUCUUGCCGACAAACAUUCGGAGAAAAGACCUUUUGUGAAGGUGAUAAGAGAGCUUGAAAAUACGGAUAACGUUCAGCAGCAGCCGGUCCAGACGGAGGAACCAGAAGAGGAGAUGCCCGAUCCGGACGGCAAUCACUGGAAAUGCAAUCACUGCGACUUCAAAUGUGUCUACAAGGCCGACGCAUCCACCCACGCCGAGACGGUUCAUGACGAAAGCUGUCAGUUCAAGUGCACUCUGUGCAAAUUCAAAACAAACGGGAAAAUAUUUAUCGAGCAGCACAUAAACAACAAACACGCGUACGAUUCUAACGCCGAUUACGCUAUGGCUUAUCACAGAAUAAAGGGAGUCAAUAAACGUAACAGCGAGGUCGCGGAGCAAAGCGGACAAGAUGAGCCGUUUGACACGACGCCUCUUUGGAGCAGAAGCAUGCCGCGAAUUCGACACAUUCGUGGGAUUCUCCUGGAAGAGAUCGAGACAACGGCGGAAUCGUCGCCCGCGACAACAAAGGCGUCACUGGGCAAACGUAAGAAUGACACAGAGAUUUCGAACAGGCCGGCUAAAAUCAAAUUUAGCGAGAAGUCAGGAUCUCUCGACGAGAAUGUCAAACACUCUAAAGAGAAAUUAAAACGAUCGUUCUCGUGCGAGAAAUUAUCCAGAGACUCGGAAAGUGAGGAACAAGUUGAGAAGGAAGGCGCACAGAGCAAGACUGACUCACGCGAUGUCACCGACAAGAGAUAUUUGAAUCGAAACUUACAAACAGCGAAACACACCGAACACACAAAGACGGCGGAUGCAGCAGAAAUGAAUGAUUUGGAUCUAGGACAAUUCGGUCCUUACGGCAAACCAGAAGACAACUUGUACGUAUGUACGCUGUGUAAUUAUUUCAAAACCAAAUACAAGCACGACAUGAGAGAUCAUCUUUAUAGGGAGUUGAAGUAUUCGAGAUGGCAUUGCAAGACUUGUGGAUAUCUAACGGUAAAUCGAAACUCAUUGAUGCAACAUUUUAUAAAGCGUCAACAUGGAGAUAGUGAACCCGAACCACUUUCACCGGAUUAUGCAAUUGAGGAAUGGGUAAUGACUCUGCUGAAAAAACAAACAGAUAUAAUUAAGAGAAAUAUCAACUCCGCACACAAAAACGCACCGACGUCCGUUAACAAGUCUGCUGAAAGCAGUUCCGUUACGUCCAAGAAGAACCAAGUGGACAAAAAAGCUGUGAAUCUCGCGCCAACUAUAUCUAAUUUGAAAAAUGACAUUCUUCAGGACGUUAACAAAAGUAUAGACACUGAUGAUGGCGACAGCAGAGAUGCUGACGAUCUUGUGAUCGAUAUAGGGGAAGACGAGGAGUCCGAAAGUAAAAAUAACGAAAAUGACCCUGAAAAUGUUUGCGAGAAGACCGAAAGCCCGGACAAAACGUUGAUCUGCAAACAUUGCAAGAUGCCGUUCCACGGCUUACGCGGCCUCAAGUUACAUAUUGUGCGUGUGCAUCUGAAGGGCGACUACUCGUGCCCCUAUUGCAAUCACAGCACCUGCUCCGAGCUGUCAAUACGCCAGCAUAUUCGCGUAAAGCAUCCGUAUUGCCCGGAGAAGAUCAUACACAAACCGAAUAUCGAGAAAAUGUCUAGUGAGUUCUGGGAGAAGCAAUACGGCGUCACUUUUCCAGGAAAGUCCAAAAAGCGAAAGAAGUUGAGCGUCGAAGAAUCCAUUAAUCGCAUGUCCGUAAGGGAGAAGUGCGAGAUAUGCGGCUUUAUGGCCAUAAACUAUACUGGUCUAAAGUCACACAUGAGAACGCACGGUUUACGUUCUCAUAGGCAGGAUUUCAAGUGCGAACAUUGUACCUACAAAGCUACUUUCAAGGCCGAACUGUUGGAACAUUGGGAAUUGAAUCAUCCCGAAAUACCGUUCAAGUUCCAGGAGGUCGAAUCCUCCUCCGGCGAAACGGAAAGUGAAUUGUUGUCGCCCAAGAAACAGAGUAGCAAUGUCGACGAUAUGUCAGAUGACGUGGAAGACGAACCUAUGGAGGAGACCUUAAUAUCUGUGAAUAACCCGAACGUGAUCUACAGCUGCUCAUAUUGUAGUCUUCGCAGUAACUCGUUGCUGUCGAUCAGACGGCACUGGGGGAUCGUGCACAAGGAUUCGAAAAGCUCAGAAACUGGCGAUAUGCCAUUUAAAUAUAAAGAGAUCCGACUGCCGGCUUCGUUACCCAGCAGUAAGGGUAGUAAGGACGCCGUGGAAUUGUCUUCAGAUAUUGGGAAGCCGUCGCCGUCGAUGGUUCAGCGGCACGGCUGGGUCUGUCAAUGGUGUAGAGAAUUCUGCAAGACAGAUAACGACAGAAUGAUGCAUCAAAACAUAUAUCACUCUCAUUUGCCGCAGAAUUUUAAAUGGCAGAAACAACAGCAAAAGGAACAGGAUCAAUUGACUGGUUUUAGCACAUCGCCACGACAAGUAGGAAAGGCCGAUGGCAUUCCUAGUUACGAAUCGGUCGUGGAGAAUCUAGUGGCGAAACAAGUCAGACUGGACGAUGCCGCGGCAAAAAAAAUGUCCAGUUUCAACGCGUCGUUGCCAAGAAAAAGUAACACUAGCGGUCGUCAGGCUGUCGCGAGGAAGUCCACUACCCGAUCGACUCUCUCGUAUGUGAGACCUGGUCCGCGUAUGUUUAAGGCCGUUGCACGCAAGUCCACGGCCAAUCCGUUGCCGAGGUAUCUACCGAACUAUGUUCCUAUGCCACGUUGCUUCAAGAAAAUUGUAUCCGAUGAAGAAGAAACAAGGAGCAAACCGUCUUCGCAUUACGGAAUACCGAGCAAACCAGUAAAUUUAGCAGAGUUGAAUACUUACAUGGUGGUUGGUGGCCAUAGUAUGAGAGUAAAUUGCCAAACUCUCGCCACGUUGAUUAACAUCAAUCCGAAGAUACUAUUGAAAGAUAUUAGGAAAGAUCCUAUAUAUUCUGCGGUUCUGUUAGAUUUUAAUUAGUGUCGCAAUUUGUUUUUGCAAAGAUGUGAUUCUGUAAUGAUCAAUACUCAAAAUUGACAUAAUUACUGAUCCCAUAACUAAUGAUUACUUAUAGAUUACUUUUUAAAAGCAUAAUACAUAUGAGGAUAUGUUUUAACGGAAAGAAACUCCGUAACAAAAACUCCACUCUUAUAAUUUUCUAGUACAACAGGAGAAGAGAAUACAAGCACGUUUUAGUUACUAUAUUCAAAGAAAGAUUGCAAUGAUAGUGAACCCGUUCGUAUAUCUAAUUUUUUUCUCAUUUUAUAAUAUAAAGUGUAUCAUACAUGUAUAUAAUGCCACUGAGAAAUAAGAGCCAGACUAACAAUAAGUAGUCUAAAAAGAUCUUGUAAUUUUACUGAGAUAAGAAACAUAAUUAUAGGAACAUCUUAGUGUACGUGUUAUAUAUAGAUAGGAUACAUGAAAAGUUGAUUAAAAUUAAUUUUUAACUUGAUAUUAUUAAAUAAUUGAGUACUGUGUCAUGUGAAAUUACAGGUUCUUUAUUUUUCAUAAAUUGUCAAUCAUUAUGGAAAAAGUUUUAUUUAAAAUUCACAUAAAUUCUAUUGGUGUUUAAUGUUGAAAAUAAUUUCAAGCUUUAGACACUUCUCACCUUUUUUAGGCUAUAUAUUUAUUUCAUUAUUAAUAAUACUUCUGAGUAAUUGAUACAGUCAUAUAUCGAAUUGACUUUUUUUUCUUCAAAUUCAGUAUGACUGUAACAAAUAUAUACAAAAGUCAAUAUUUUAAUAAUGUCAUAUUAUUAGUUUAUGUAUUUUUUAUUGCAGUUCUUAUUUUCACUUAAGUCUUGAUUAUCUUGCUAUAAAGAAAGUAACUUGAAAAAAAAAAAAAAAAA